AUGAAAAAUAUUCUUUUAACAGCUUUAUUAGUAGCAAUAGUUGCUGCAAGUCUAAGAGGAUCAGACCGAAAGGAACAUGGUCAUCACAGAGAUCAGUACUCAGAAAGAUAAGGAACUUAUUCAAAUUUAGGUGAAGAAGAAUACGUAGUUUAUGAAAGUGCAGAUGGAUAUUAUACACUUUACAAUAGUGAAGAUAAGUAUACCCUUUACGAAAGUGACGAUAGUGACGAUAAGUAUACUCUAUACGACAGUGAUCAAUACUAUCCCUUAUACAACAGUGAUCAAUACUAUACCUUAUACGACAGUGAAGAUUCAUAUUCUUCUUCUGACAUAUACGAGGAAUAUAUAGAAUAUGAUAGUGAAUCUAGUAGUUCAUCUAGUGAUAGUAGUUCAGAUAGUGAAUCUGAGUCCUAGGAAUAUGAAGAUAGAAGAAAUUAUCACACUGAAAAAGGACAUAAAUUUGAAAGAAGAGGACCUAGAGGAGGACCUAGAAGAGGACCUAGAGGAGGACCAAGAGAAGAACAAAGACAAGGUAGAGAAGGACCAAGAGAAGUAUAAAGAGAAGGACCUAGAGAAGCAUAAAGAGAAGGACCUAGAGAAGGACCAAGAGGAGGUAGGUUCCAUAUUAGAGACCAAAAAAAUAAUGAUAAAGAUCAUCCACGACCUCAUAGACCUUAAGAUGAAUUCCCAAGACAAGUAUUCUAGAAUUUAAGAAAAACUGGAAAAGUGAUUUUAGACGAAUGGAACAUCACUGAAGACCCAUCACUUAAAAAUGAGAUCAGAGCUGUUUUAAUUGGAAAUUUAGAAAACUUGUUGCCUGUUGCUGAAGUUCUAAUUCCCACAGAAGUUGCUUCUGGACCUGCUGAACCCAUUAAUGUAGUCUAAAGAGAGCAUCACCCACAUCCUCAUCCACCUCCUCCUCCUCCUCCAUAACCAGAGGAUGAGUUUGCUAGAUAGGUUUUCGAAACUCUUCAUUAGAUUGGAUUCGAAAUUCUUGAAUAAUGGAGAAUAGAGUAGGAUGUAGAAGUUAAAAAUCAAAUUAGAGCCAAUUUGAUCUAAUAACUUAGUGAUCUAAUCCCAGCUCAAUCAUUAGAAGUAUCAACUACCAUAUUAGAUAAUCCACUUUAACUUGAAAUUGAAUAAGUUCAUCCAACUCCAAGAUUAGCAGAUGAAAAUGGAAAUUGAUAUUUAAAUAAUCACAAUAAUAAUUCAUUUAUAUAUAAUAUUAGCAAA